AUGACUACCAUCCUCGUUACAGGUGCUACUGGCAAACAGGGUGGCGCUGUGAUCCGAAACCUUCUCGACAGGAAAGGGUCGUUUCAGAUCCUUGCCGUAACCCGCGACAUCCAGUCACCAUCCGCACGAAAGCUUUCUCAAAGUUCCUCCGAUAUCAAGCUCAUUGAAGGAAACCUUAAUGACCCCAAAGAGAUCUUCGAAAAUGCAAAGGAACAGGCAUGUACCCCAAUUUGGGGUGUUUUCAGCGUUCAGGCCGUCGAUCCUAGAGGUGAUAAGGAAAAGUUUCAGGGAAUCGCCUUGAUCGACGAGUCCAUACGACAGGGCGUUCAGUUCUUCGUAUAUAGCUCUGUUGACCGCGGUGGCGAUGCCUCCAUUCGAAAUCCGACCAGGGUUCCACAUUUCGGUCAUAAGCAUGAGAUCGAAAAGCACUUGAUUGAAAAGUCAAAACAUAGUGGCAUGAAUUGGACCAUACUACGGCCUGUUGCAUUUUUCGAGAAUCUCACCCCGGACUUUUUGGGCAAGGUGUUCGCCACAGCCUGGCAAAUGUCUCUGAAGGGCAAGCCGUUGCAACUUGUCGCUACAAGUGAUAUUGGAUUCUUCGCUGCGGAAGUAUUCAUGCAUCCUCAAGAGUCUAAACAACGAACAUUCUCGUUGGCUGGCGAUGAGUUGACAUUUGAGCAGAUGGCGCAGGUCUUUGAGCAGAAAACUGGCAAGAAAGUACCCACUACUUUCAAGUUACCCACCUGGUUGAUUAUGGCAGCGGUGAAGGAUCUGGGUCUGAUGUUCAAAUGGUUCCAUGAUGAAGGCUACAAGGCAAAUAUAUCCGAACUGAGAAAAAUUAAUCCUGAAUUAAAGGGGUUCGGUUCCUGGCUUGAAAAUGAGAGUCAAUUUACGAUGCGGUAA